AUGAAUCUCCUCCCUCCAUCUCAGUUGCAGGUAUUCCUCCCCGGUGAACUUAUUGUCGAAGUGCUUUCCUUCCUUCCUGUCAAAUCUCUCAUGCGGCUGAAGUGUGUGAGCAAGUCAUGGAAGUACCUCAUAUCUGAACCCUCCUUCGCCAAAUUGCACCUUAAUAGAACUACACAAGAUGCAGUCAGCACAAUUGUAUCAAACAAUAUCUAUUCCAGGACUGGCACGGAAAUGUCCUUCACAGUUUUCCGUUUGCUCGAGAACCCUCCAAUCAUUAUCAAUCUUCCAAGAGAUCCUUACUAUCCACUGAACGACAAGGCUUUCCGCUACAUAGUUGGUUCCUGCAAUGGAUUGCUUUGCUUAUUUGGCGGAACUGGCUAUAGAGAGGACAAUGGGGGGUAUAGAGAGAAUUGGCUUCGUUUUUGGAACCCAGCCACAAGGAUAAUAUCAGAAAAAUUUCAUGGUGAUGAUGGCCUAGGUUUCCCUUGUAAUUACACGUUUGGUUAUGAUAAUUCAACAGAAACUUAUAAGGUGGUGUAUUUCACUCGAAAGACAACAAAUGUAAGAGUUUUUAGUUUGGGCGUUAAUGUUUGGAGAAAUAUCCAAGAUUCCCAUAUGAUUCAUCAUCAUCGCCAGAUGAAGGUUAUGCAUGUGAGAGGUAGUGUUAAUUGGUUGGCAAUUCACAAUUACAUCAGUUACUAUUAUAAUUUCAAGGAUAUUACUAUUGAGGAAUUUGUGAUUAUUUCACUUGAUUUGGGUACCGAGACACAUACUAAGUUGUUGCCUCCUCACGGUUUCGAUGAAGUGCCAUUUGUUAUACCAAAUCUAAGUGUUUUAAAGGAUUGUCUUUGUUUUUCUCAUGAUUUCAAACGAACUCAUUUUAUUAUAUGGCAAAUGAAGCAAUUUGGAGUUCAAGAGUCUUGGACUCGGUUUGUAUUCACGGCUGCACGGUUAAAGGCGGUUGCCGCAAUUCAGCGAAGGCCAGCUCCUCAACAACCAUCUCUACUUAGAUGA